GUAGACUGCAUGGUUUGGGUGUGGGCGUGCUUAUGCGUGUGAGGUGCAGCGGCCCAUGUGGUGACCGUCCGCGUGUGUAACCCCUCCCAGCCCACCAGAGUUCCAUCAUCAACACUCGUGAACCUCACCGCCACUGCGCGACAUUGCUAUACCUCGAGGCUCUCCCUGGGACCCCUGAUUGAACAAGUGAAGGAUUUCACGAAAACGUAUGCAGUGCCACGAGAGACACGCCAGCUGGUGAAUAGCACGACUUGGCCACGCUAUCCUUGUAACCUCCGUCAUCCCGCUGGGCUAUCGAUUGAUGCCGUCGACGCGACCCACGCCCACGCGCCUACCGUAACAUCAUCUUUUGCAUAGCGUACUCGACACCCUCAUUGCAUACUUGCAGCGCGAUUGCACACCUCGCUCCAUCAUACCUCUUACCAAAUCCAAUCCAAUUGCCGCGCACGCUGCGCCAGGCAGCGCCAUGGCAACCCAAAUACCCAUGAUCUCGGUGCCGCUGAAGCAGACCAACGAGAUUGAUUGGGUCCAACCACUGAAGGGCUACAUACGGCAGACCUACGGCGAUGACCCGGAGCGCUACGCCGAAGAAUGCGCGACUCUCAAUCGAUUACGGCAGGACAUGCGGGGCGCAGGGAAGGACAGUGCGGCGGGAAGAGACCUGUUGUACAGAUACUACGGGCAGCUGGAGCUGCUAGACCUGCGGUUCCCGGUCGACGAGAACCACAUCAAGAUCAGCUUCACAUGGUUCGACGCAUUUACACACAAGCCCACGUCCCAAUACUCCCUCGCCUACGAGAAAGCUAGCAUCAUCUUCAACAUCUCCGCCGUCCUGUCGUGCCACGCCGCGCACCAGAAUCGCCAUGAGGAAGUCGGGCUCAAGACCGCGUACCACUCGUUCCAGGCCAGUGCGGGCAUGUUCACGUACAUCAACGAGAAUUUUCUGCACGCACCGAGCCAGGAUUUGGGUAGAGAGACGGUCAGAUGUCUGAUCAGCAUAAUGCUGGCGCAGGCGCAGGAAGUCUUUCUCGAGAAGCAGAUUGUGGACGGGAAGAAGGUUGGCUUGCUGGCAAAGUUGGCGAGCCAGGCGGCGUUCUUGUACACGCAGGCUACCGAGGGCGCGCAGGAGAAUGUUACCAGUGCGGUAUUUGAGAAAGUGUGGCUGCUGGUCGUUCAGGUGAAGGCAAACUACAUGGCCUCGCUGGCGCAGUACUACCAAGCGCUGGCCGACGACGACGCAAACUCACACGGCGUAGCAAUCUGCAGACUGCAAGUCGCGGAGGCGAGUGCUCGAGAUGCCAAUCGCCAGGCGAUUAGCUUCCCCAACUCGGCGCCCGCAAACUCGAAUUUGACGAACGAAACGCAUGGCAUCUUGGCGGAGAUGACAAAGAAGCACCUAGCAAAUGUGCAAGAUAAGUUGAAGGAGUUCAUGAAGGAUAACGACUUCAUCUACCACCAGGGCAUUCCCAACGAGGCUUCGUUGACGGCGAUACCGAAGCUUCCUGCGGCGAAGGCGAUACCUGUUAGCGAGCUGUACCAAGGUCAGGACAUCCAGAGGAUCAUUGGUCCGGACAUCUUCCAGAAGAUCGUGCCCCUGGCGGUGACAGAGUCCGCCAGUUUGUACGACGAGGAGAAGGCAAAGCUGAUCCGUGCCGAGAGUGAAAGAGUAGAAGUUGCAAACGACGAGAUGGCGGCGAGUCUUGAUUAUCUAAAGCUACCAGACAGCUUGAACGUGCUGCGAGGUGGCAUGGACCAAGACAUGAUGGUGGACUCAGACUUCCGGAAGUGGUGUGAGGAUCUUGCAGGACACCAAUCGUUUUCCUCAGCAUUUGACCAACUCAACCGUGAUAAAUCGGAGAUCACUGGCCAGCUUGACGGAAGUAUGAAGCAGCUGGACAUGGAAGAGAGUGUUUGCGAGAAGAUGAGGAGCAAGUAUGGCGCAGAAUGGACGCAGCAGCCCAGCUCGAGACUCACAGCGACACUACGAAGCGACAUCAGGAACUAUUGCGGCGCCGUUGAAGAAGCGAGCACAAGCGAUGCACAGUUGUACAAUACGUUCAGGCAAUGCGAGGCGGACUUCGAUGAGAUGCGCUCAGCAGGCGAGACGGACGAGGCGGAUGUGCUGUACCAGAGGGCUAUGAUCAAGGCGGGUGCGCAGAAGGGCAAGAGUCCUGGGCCCGCCCAGGGUAACCUCAUCGAUGAUGACUUUGACGAUGGCCCGACAGUGGCAGAUCAGAUUGCGGCUGUGGAGGACUUGCUGCGGAAGCUGAACCUCGUCAAGAAGGAGCGAGCGCAGAUUUUGCUCGAUCUCAAAGGCAAGGUCCACUCUGACGACAUCUCAAAUGUUCUCAUCCUCAACAAGAAAGCGAUCGCGAACCAGGAGUCGCAACUCUUCAAAGCUGAGCUUGAGAAGUUUAGACCGCACCAGAACCGCAUCCUACAAGCCAACCACAAGCAAGCAUCGCUACUCAAGGAGCUUACGCGGACGUAUUCAGAUCUCCUGAAGGAUAAGCGCGUGAGGUCUGAGCAAAGUAAAUACGAGGCCUUUUCGAGACAGCGGAACACUGUCAUGACCAAAUACCGGCGGAUCAACCAGAACUUCAACGAUCUCGUCGCCGGCCUGCAACGCGCACAGCAGUUCUACUCGGACAUGAAGGACACAGUUUCAAGUCUGCAAAAGAACGUCGAGACCUUUGUCAACAACCGAAGAUCCGAAGGCGGCCAGCUCCUUGCCCGCAUCGAGCAAGGCAAGUCCUCCGGCGCAGACCAAGAACAACAGCGUCUCAAGGACCUGAUGGAGCGCAUGUCCAUGGAGCCUUCCGGCUCACCAGUCUCAACCGGCAGCGGCGGACGUAAGAAAUCCGUCCCGCCACCCCUCUCCUCAACACCCGGCUACCCAUCCACAUCCUCCGCAGGCCACAUGGCGUACAACCCCGCGGCCUCACCCCCAGUAACACCACGCUACCCACCCACAACCCAACAACCCUUCAUGUCGCCCCAGCAAUCUUACACCAACCAAGCACCACAGUCCUUCCAACCCCCGCCACCCCGCCGGGAGUCGUACCAGCAGCAGCAGUACGCCCACCAGCCGCAGUCAAGCCAAUCUUACAACCCAGCACAACACCAGUACAACCCCGUAAGUCCGCCGGCGCACCAACAGUUCUUCUCCCCGCCGCCGGCGCAGCACCAGCAGCAUCAGCCCUGGGGCCAGCCUCCCCAACAGCAGCAGAAUCAGUGGGGCCAGAAUGUGCCGCAGGGAUAUGUGCCGCCGCCGCCGCCGCCGGGUCCGCCGCCGCAGCAGGAGUAUGGCCAUUUCAGCCAGGGGGCGUAUCCGGGGGGGCCGGGUGGGUAUGCGCAGAGUGGACGGCCGGGACAGGCGCAGGCGCAGCAGCAGCAGCAGGGUGGGAAUGAUCCGUGGGCAGGGUUGAGUGGGUGGAAAUAAGUGAGCAUAGAGUAUUUGGAUUGGGGGUAAGAUAUAUGGUCGCAAGGCUGUUGGCAUAUGGAGGGCUGAGGUGAGGUGGGGUGAGGUGUAGAUAGUGAACGACAAUGGGAGUUGGACGCAAAGAACUUCCCGCCAUGAUAGUUACGUGCUUGCACAUGUCAAGCAACCAGUCUUGAUUCUCGCACCGAUGCUUUUCUGGCUUUCCGCCGAGACGUUUUAUCCAGACGCAACUGUCGGGCACUACUUGGGCGCAGCAAGCGCAAGCCCGAAAGCAUGGGAAUGAAUCUUGCGUGCAUCGAGUGUGGAAAGGCAGACCAAGAGUUUCAGCAUAGACAAGGGUGGAGAUGCAGGUUACAGGGGCGUGCGAGUACCUCGGAAGAUGCAACGAGCAGAAGUGUAGUAUACCAGUGCUUCACCGGAUGGAGUCUAUGCACGCCAUCCAGUGUCAAAGUAGAGCCAGACAAUUAAGCAUUACCAC